UCGGGAGCCCUAGCGUGGCAGUGGAGGGUGUGGUAUUGUCACAGUCUUUGGAGUUGAGUCACUGAUCCUCCUGGUUUGAUGGAACUGGGAGGACAUGGCUAACGACAUUGUUUAGAUUGUUGUUGACCUCAUGUGUGAUAAUUUCCCCAAUAUUUAAUAGUAUGGAAUGCAUCCUCUCUGACAUAUACCAUACGGCAUUUUUUUCUGUCUUUGUAGAUCUAAAGUGAUCAAUCCAAGGUCUGUAUUCCCAUGAAGAUAACAUACAUAGCAUUCAAAAUGUGUUUGGGGUGUUUACAGCAAUAGAGGAAAUAAUAAUUGUAUUUCCGAACAGCCAAUCCAUUAAUACAUGAACAUUUCUACCACAAGAGGGCAGUCAACACAAUAAAACUAUUCUCUAACAAGCAGAUUACUAUUUUUUAUUCAACCUUUAUUUAACUAGGCAAGUCAGUUAAGAACAAAUUCUUAUUUACAAUGACAGCCUACCCCAGCCAAACCCUAAACCGGAAGACGCUGGGCCAAUUGCGCGUUGCCCUAUGGGACCCCCAAUCACAGCCAGUUGUGAUACAGCCUGAAAUUGAACCAGGGUCAGUAGUGAUGCCUCUAGCACUGAGAUGCAGUGCCUUAGACAACUGUGCCACUCAGGAGCCCUAAAAUACAACUAAUACGACUAAUCAUGAAAAGUUUAGAAUAUCAAACUACAACUCUCGUACCUUAUGCUGGAAAUAUAAUUAUCCUUCUGAUAGGCUUAAAAUGUAUGAUGAAAACAGCUAUAGAGAACUGAUCAUGACUGUCUGGGUAAGCAGAGGGAUUAUAUACAGUAUUAUCAGUGUCUUUCAGAUGGAGCAACACUACAGAUGUAGGAUCUUCAUUUGAGACAAUUUGCUAAACAAGGACAAUAAUUCUGCAACAACAAGAAAUGUGAAUUAUUAUGUGGAUUUUAGUUAAUGGAGUUGUUUGUAGGGGUUGAUCUAUUUUCCUAUGGGAAAAUUACAAACUUCAGAAGCCUUUUUAAACCUCAAAUACACUACAAGUUUUACAUGUCCCGCAUUGCAGUAAAGUUCUCCUGCAACAGGGUGAUCAAAUUAAGAUCUGACAUCAGUAUGAUCAUAAAGGAAGCUGAUCCCUGAGCCUGGAAGGGAACAAUGCAGUCAGCUGCUCCUGGCACAUGCAGACAAAAACAAUUCUACAUGCAUAGUCUGUUAGCAGGACCUCACCCAUGCACCCAUCCCUCCAUCACAUAUAAGUGCUGUGAACUGAAUACAAAAUCAUUCUUUGUUUUGCUAAUAUGCUAAAAGAUUAUAUGCACACCUUUCUCACCAAGUCUAUAAUUCAAUUUGUUUUGUUUUCUUAUUUUGUAAAAUAGAGGCUGAUAUUAGCUCCAAAAUUGUACCAAUGACUUGAAAUAUAACAAAAAAUGGAAAAUUGAGGUUAUUCUAGUCUAGUCUAUUCUAAAUGUCUGUAAAUAAAAACAAUAAUGUCUAUAAUUUCUUUAAUUUUGCCACUAGGAUGUUUUGCAACUCAAGUCAGAGGCAGACAGAGUGCUCUAUUGUUCCCUAAAUUAUUGACUAAAGAGAGCAACUUUUUAUGCUUGGUAUAUAUUUUUUGUUAGGAUCAUUGGACAAUACAGCUUGUAAGCACCAAGUUUUGCAUCAGGACCAAAUGCUAUUUCAUGUUGAGACCGUUAAAUGAUUCUCAGACAUAAUACUGCCUUUCCAGAUUGCUAGGUUUUCACAAAGCCUUUGUGGCUAGGGAACAAUGGAAAUGAGCGGGAGGACACAGUGCGUGUCACGUGAUGUGGUGCCUUUGAUUAACAUUCUAGAUUUAUUUGUAUGACAGGAACUCAGGAUUAAACAAGGAUAUAAAAAAGGCUAAAAAGAGCAAGCAACUCCCUACUGUUGUUUCAUACAACUAAAGUAAAAAAGGUACAGUAUUGAUACGUCAUUCAACAAUAAGCAACCUGUUGGUGAAGGAUAGAAUAGAAUACCUUCCUUGGCCAUAUGUUCAGAUCAAGACAUUUGCAUAGGUCAAAUAGAUAAAGCAAUGAUCACAUGAAACAGUGAUCAAAAACAUAAUCUAAAAUCUAUUUGGCUGUUAAGACACAAUAUUCAUGUGGCAUGAAAUGACUGCUCUGUGGAUUUUUUUCCUCAAUAGGUUUUCUUUCUGACAUAGCUGUGUUACGUAGCCUACAUUAAAGUUUCUGACACAAGCCUGGUGGACUUUUGAGACAUCAAAAUUGUGUCACUCAGAGUACAUUUCCUGGGGACUUAACGUGCUCUGUAGACAACAGCUGGAGUUGGACAUGUCCCAAUUGGCUGUGGUUGUUCUCCACACUAUCACCCAACGUGUGUUCUGUCUUCUUUCUGUGUUCAUCAUACAGGCUGGGUGGAGAUCCAUGGCAAUGUUCCAGCCAGUUGCUGGAGAUGUUUUGGCAAAUGCCUGCUGACAGCGGUCGAUGUGGAUUUGUUCACUGUUCUUCAUCACCCUUGACAGCUGGGGAUGGGUUUCUCUCCCAAUGACUACUGCACUGUGAUGUAUUCCUUAAACCAUUCAGAAAAGGAAAAAAAUAAUUUCAACUGGUUUAGGAGGGUGUGAUGAAUGCUUUCUUCAUUGAAAAUGUUCAUCUUAAUGUCUAUGUUGUGGACAGUAUCAUCCCAAUGUAAAACAUAGAGAUCCUAUAAUUCAUAUCAUUGUUUUAUUAUAUAUAAUUAUUUGAUGUAAUAUGUGUUUCUAACCAGGAAAGCAAGUAAAAAAGAUCUAAAUAUCUUUGUUCAUUAAUCAUCAAGUCAAAGUAUCUGAAACGAACAAAACUGUAACAUAGAACCUUAAUCACUCAAGUGUUGUUUAUCUAUGCUAGUAGAAGUUGGAGGGUUUGGGUGGGGUUAACAUCUAACAUGCAAAGACAAUAUGAUUGUUAUUAAUUAGGUUUCCUGACUUUCUUGAGCCCUCACAAAAUCCAAAAGGGCGAGUUUACCUAUUCAUGAGGUAAAGUAGGAUUAGUACAUCAUUUAUGUGAAAAAGCAAAUUGUGAAUAGAUUUUUUAGAGUAGUCAAUGGCAUAAUGAUUGAGAGAAGAACCACAGUGAGAUCUAUGCUACUGCCAGCUGUCAGAGGAGCUGGUGUGGGGGAGGGGAGAAGCUGUUGCUUUGACAUGCAAGUACUCUGAUGAAAAGAAGAGGAAAGGUGAUCAGCUGUACUAAGAAAGAAUAAAGUAUUGGUCUCGACUUUACACUCUGUUUGAGUAAAUACAUUCAUCCACUUUUUAUAGCUUGAAUGGAUAUUAAUUUAAUUUUCCAUUCGGUAGAUCCCGUAGGUGUAUUUAUUGGUUGUACUGUAGUAGGCUAUGGCAUGUUAUGGAUGAUAAACUGGCUAGUUUGGAUCCUGGAUGCUGGCUGAUUGGUUGAAAGCUGUGGUAUAUCAGACAAUAUACCACUAGUGUAAUGAAAAAAGUACUUGUUUACUGUUAUAUUUAUGUUGGUAACCAGUUUAUAAUAUCAAUAAGGCACCUCAGGGGUUUGUGGUAUAUGGCCAAUAUACCACGGAUAAGGGCUUUAUCUAGGGACUCCACAUUGCAUCAUGCAUAAGAACAGCACGUAGCCGUGGUAUUUUGGCCAUUUACUACUAUUUUGACCAUUUACCACUCUGGCCUUAUUGCUUAAACGUAAACCACUUAUUCCUUUGAGCUAAACAUUCAAACUAAUGUCAUAAGGGCUAUCAUUCAAUGCUUGAAAAGCACAAUGACCUGCUCCUGCAUAGCACAUAAUCCCACACAUAGCUGAGUUUUAGGUCCCCAUCCCCCCUCCCCAAAUGGUGCUCUGUUCUGUUGCAAUGGGAAGUGGAGUGAGAGACAUGUAAAAGGUAGUCAACAUGGCGUUGAGAAUUUUGCUUAGCACAAAUAGUUGCUAAAACAUUGCUAAUUUAUUUAGGCCUAGUUGCUAACUAACUGUGGCUGUCUCAAAUGGAAAUUAUGUAGGAUACAAUCAAAUGUGUACUAGUCCAUACAUGAGUCUUAUACAGAAUAGAGUCACACUAGCCAAUUAAUUAUCUUAUCUAGGCCUAUCCUCUCUCAGACCAAAUCAAUAGCUGACUAAUCAUCUCGUGACACAAUCGCCAUUGCAUUGAUUACAUUUGUUCUUGUCUUUUUUAGGACAGGCCUAAUAUAUAUAUACAGACGUUCUGUAACCUUGCAUUCAUAAGAGAUACGUUUUUGUGCGUCCCAUUUGUGCGUCUCACAAGACAGCGGAGACCUUGCGAAAUAGCAUAUUAAACUUUUGUUUAUUCUUUAGAUUAGAAUAAUUUACUUAAUCAAAAGUUUCGACCACGUGACUGUCCCUGUCUCGCUUUUGGGGCUGUGAAGUGCACGCGCUACAUCUCUCCCGGAUUCGUUAAGAACGCGCUUCAGAAUUCAACAGCUGCACAGUGAGGAUGCAAGCGUUGAAAAAGAACAAUAUGACCGACAAACAAUUGUAGCAAGGUGACUAUAGUAGCUACUAUUCUUUAACUAGUUUGGCGAGAGGACAUAACACGCAGUUAAUUUCACAAUUAGCUAGAUAACUAUUUUCGAUUAAUCGAAAGUUUACCUGGAAAGCCUGAAUUGGUAGAUAUUGGAAUCUACUUAAGUCCCCUCCUACCUAACUCCCCUGGGUGAAUCACUACCAGUCUUCCACAAUGAUAUUCAGCAACUUCAUCCAGUAACUCCUUGCCUAAGGAAAUACUCAAGUAUAUAGAUCAUUUGCACAACUUUUGAGGAGGAAAUGCCAACUCACCUGUUGUUGCCAUAUGUGGAAAGUCCAGAUGGACUUGGACAAGACAGUCUUAACAUUAGUAGUGGUGCUAGCAUGCCAGGGGCUGGCUCCAGCAUGACCCCUCACAGUAACAUCGUUGACAAGGCUGAGCCUCAGCCUGAGGAAAGCCUGCUGGAAGCCCUGGACUGCAUGUUUUGUGACCAGACCUUCACACACCAAGAUGACCUGGGCCCACACGUCCUGACCCAGCACCCCACAACACUGUUUGAACCUGCCGUUUUGUGUGUGGAGGCAGAGUACUUGAUCCCAGGUGAAAGGGCCAGGUCCAAACCCAGCUUGCUAUCUGUAAAGGAGGUGGAGGUGUUUAGCUGUGUUGUGUGUGAUCGGACCACAGAGGACGCCAGCGAGCUGGAGAGCCAUAUGCGGACACACAAGGACUGUUUCCCUUUUCACUGUAACCUUUGUGGCCGGCGGUUCAAGGAACCCUGGUUUCUCAGGAACCAUAUCAGGUUCCAUAAGACAAAGGCUCAGCAGAACCUGGACAGUCCAAUUAUUAUCAAUGAAGUCAUCCAAGACCAAGUCUCAAAGCCUGUAAUCACGCCUUACAAAAUGUGCUUUACCUGUGGAUUCUUUUUUCCCGAUAAAGACAGUUUGGUGGAACACAGUAAAGUACACCGUAAAGAAUCAGAAGCUGAUGAAGACGGAGAAAAUGAUAGACGGGAAGAUUCCCUCAGUCAAGAAGGUUUUUUACGGAGCCUCAACCUUUGCCCCAUAUCUGAGAAAAGUAGUACGACGCCAGAGAGAUCCUCCAAAUGGAUAGCCCAACUAGACCCUUUCAACACUUACCAGGCCUGGCAACUUGCCACCAAGGGAAAGGUAGCAGUUGGUCCAAGUGUGGCUAAAGACGUAGGCCUAAGCCAAAACAACAGCUCCGACAACGAGGACUCUGGCUCAGAUAAAGAAGAACUGACAAAUAUCUGGUCAGAAGGCCAAGGAGGUGACGACAAGCGUGUUAAGGAAAACAUUGAUAGAGAUCUGAAAUCCAGACAGACUACAGAAGAGACUCCGUCACCAGAGCCUGAUCAGAAGUCAAUUCGAAAUGAUAAGCCGACCCGCUGCGAGGACUGUGGGAGGACGUUCAGGACGUACCAUCAGCUUGUUCUCCACUCCAGGGUGCACAAGAGGGAGAGGGGCGAGGGGGAGAGCCCUACCGCUUCCAUUGAUGGAAAGCUCUCCAGAGCAGGGUCCCCCAGAGAGGAGGGGUCUGAAGACGGGUUAGAGGUGGGAGCACCGGGAUAUGCCUUCUAUUCAGAUAAAAGUGAAGAAGGUUUUGAUCGAAUGAAGGGGAAACAUCUUGUGUCCUCCAGGGAAUGUAGUUACUGUGGCAAGACAUUCCGUUCCAGCUAUUACCUCAACAUUCACCUCAGGACGCAUACAGGUGAAAAACCAUACAAAUGUAUAUACUGUGACUAUGCUGCAGCCCAGAAGACCUCACUGAGAUAUCACUUGGAUCGACGUCACAAGGACAAACCAUACACUGACAUCCCUAACAAGCCUGUGGUAUCCGUGCCAUCUCCCAUUUUGAAAGAAUUCCCCAGAAACAGAGAAGACAAACAGGUCCCCAACAGGUCCAAACUAUGGCAGACUCCCAAUGUCAAACUAGCAACCAAACCUUGUGCCAAUGUAAAACCAGAGGAUAGAUUUAAUAGCAUCGGUGGCAAGCUUGACGGCCCGCUUGCUCAAGUGAAUGCUGAGUAUGGGAAAUUGAUUACUACGGCUGCUUACUCCUCUUCUGCUGAUGAUGCGCACAUAAAAUUCCCUGUACUUAUUAACCCGAAGAUGGAAGGAAAGGAGAUAGACAAGGGCUUUGAGGCUCCAUUAAAUUUGUCCUUAAAAGUGUCACUCUCCAUCUCCGCCACCCUAAUACCAAGGAACGCAUUGAUUUCAAAUGUCUGUUCGUCCUGUGCCUUUAGCACUCUGUACCCAGAGGUCCUGCUCAUGCACAAGAAGCUGGUUCACAAGGAGAAGUUGGAAACGAUCAAGAAGAACAGAAGUCUUAAACAGAAGCGUUACACUGGCUGCCCCCCUGCCCUAGAGGGAAAAGAUGUCCUCCCGCUGCCUCCUAUUGACAGAAGACAUCCUCGGCGGACCAAAUCCCCAACUCCACAGCCUCCUGCAAAAUCUGCAGAGAAGACCCAUCCUACCGACUCUCCUCAUGGGCCCAAACGGUCCCAGACCAGCGAACCACCACAGAGGGAGACAGCCCUGGACACUCAGCGGUACAGGAUGAUGAUGGAGAAUCGCACCAGUCAGGGCCAGUCCAGGUUUACAGAGCCAGCUGAACAAUCCAACACCAAAGGUACAAAAGAUAACAGGUCUGUAGUGGACAGACCAAGGCAGAGCCCAUCGGACAGCAGAGGGGCGAACGGACAAAGUGUAAGAAGUGGCCCAGGCAGAAAUUGGAACGGCGUGGUAUGGCCCUCCGACACUGCUAAGCUGUGCCUCUCCAGCCGGUUCGGUAGUCUGCCCCCGAUGGACUUUGGUGGUGAGCCCUCCAGCAAGAGACCAAGGUACUCAGGGCUUCCCGGAAGGGAAAUGGACACUGUAGAGACGUCUAGCUUUAGGACCGAGUAUAACAGACUGCUGAACUCCGGGAGACCCCAAGUGAAAAACUCAUUUUCGUCACAAGGAACCUCUCUCUCUAACAACAGGCCUCAGGCCUAUGCCCCGGUCAAAGCGUCCAAUCCUCCAGCCUCUGCAAGCAAAAGCAGCAUGGAGACUGACUGGAAUAUGAUCAACAUCCUCCGCUCCUACAACCCCAGUGACCUGGCCUCCCUCUACCACCCCACCGUGGCUAACCCCAGUCACGGAGUGCUGACCAACCGAAGAGGGAGUAGGCCAUCACCCUACCCAGCUAGUUUGCUACAGAAGAGAGCCUAUUCCAGCCCCAUCAGUAGUGAACACAGUGGACCCCCUGACAAAAGUACUUAGCUGUUCUAAUGGUUUGAAGUACGCUGAAAACUUCCUGCUGCCACCAUCUUCUUUUGAGAGCUUACCUGGAGGGAAGGCUUAACCUAUAGAUGACCCAGCCCAACUGUUAUCUGUAGAUACACAUCUAUCCAAUACCAACCGAGUUUACAGUUUGUAUGUAUUGAAGAAUGACUGUUUGAAUAUCAUAUUGGUAUGGUUGUACUAGAUAAAACAUUUAUUUUAAGUGUUCGGAGGAUCAAUUACCUUUUUUGUUUGUUAAUAUGCUGCUCUGUCUGAUUGUAUGUCAGCAAUCAAAGGGCUAUGUAUUUGUCAAAGCACUGAUGUAGGGUUUUAUCUGGCAUACAGCUUGACGUCUUUGUUUACAAAACAAGCUAUAUUAACAACCUGUAUGUUGACAUAUGUUACCUCAAAGUCAGUUUAGAGACGGUUGACGCUCAAGUAGUCAGUUAUUUUUGUGAUGAUAUGAAGCUGCUGUGGCCAUCAUGUCUACUAUUGAGCCAAUGCAUUUUAGAGAGUUAAGAGUAGAACGUCUUAUGUGCCACUCGGUAGUAGUUUCCCUGGAUAAACAUUAUGACCAGGGCCUUAAGCCUGUUACCAGAUAUUCUGUGAAAUGUACAUAGAAAAGGCUGCUGGUUCUUUUCCUUCUAUAGAUUCUUCAAAACAAACUAUUCUAAAACGGUGGUAAAACAUGGACCAAAUAUCAACAGAAUUCUUGAGGGAUUCUACUUUUGUGUAGAUAAAAAGUAUGUUAUGCAGGAUCUUGAUUGUUGCUGAGUCUUUUGCAAUGGGAUUUGUUACGUGGCUGCCUGCUUUGUCACUGGUUGCUCUGAAGCUUUGGUCUACUAUUUGUUGAUAGUGUAUGUAAGUUAGGAAGAGCAUAGCAGAAGGCUCACUGAAGGAAUAGCUGUAUACUGUGAAGAAAAAAACAAUCUCAGGUUUCAGACCUCGAAUUUGGGCUCUGAUGCAACUCAAUUUCAUUUUUGCAUUAACUAUUACAAAUUUAAUGCACAUUUUGUAGGAAGCAAUGUGGAUACAUCAGACUUCUGUUAUUUCAUAUUUUGCUGUUAUCUUUUUGGGGUGUUUAUUUAUUUCUGUUUACAUUUGUUUUGGUUUUUACAUGUAAAAUGUUAAAUAUACCGUUUAAGAUUUGUACGACCAUUACAAUUUAAUAGUUAAUGACGUGGGGCAUAGCAAGUAGUGUUUUUAUUUUUUCGCUUUGGAAAUGUCUACAUGUAGCUUUUCAAGUGUUACUAUAGGCCUAUCACCUUCCUGUUUAUGUAACUUUUGAAACAACUUGUCAAUCUAAAAUAGUUUUCAUGUCUGAUCGCUGGCAAUAGACGAGGAGCCAAAAUGUACUGAUUUUCCCUGUCAUUCUUAGCAUGGGGUUAAGUUAUUAACAUUUAAGUUUGGUUCAUGUAUUCGGUAGUUCUUGUGACAGAUUUUGGACUUGACCUGUUUGGUUGAAAUUACUAAUGCAACAAUGCUAUGUCUGCCUAUACUGUACUUGAUAUGAUUUCCCCGUUUGGCUUACGUAAGCCUAAUAAAUUGUGGCCAUGUCAUACAUUCA